GAAAAGAUUAGGGAGAGGGAGGAACGUUUCUCAAGUCCGGCCAGAAAUUGGGUCAGAUGGAUGCAGAGGAUCGGGGCGGGCGGGCGCCUCACGUAUGUAACGGUGGGCUCUGCCGCGCUCGUGCGGUGGAUGAUCGCGUUGGGUGGCUAUUCAGGGGAGGGCAACCCACCGAUGCACGGCGAUUACGAGGCCCAGCGGCACUGGAUGGAGCUGACGUUGCACCUCGCUCCAGCGCAGUGGUACUACUAUGAUCUACCCUAUUGGGGACUCGACUAUCCACCUAUAACAGCCUAUGUCAGCUGGAUAUGCGGUUGGUUAGGUUCGCAGAUCAACCCAGACUGGUUCGCGCUGGAGAAGUCGAGAGGGUGUGAGAGCCCCUCCAGCCGCGUGUUUAUGCGUGCAACUGUGCUCGCUCUGGAUCUUGCUAUCUACAUACCUUGCAUCGUUAUGUUCUGCCGACGUUGGUUCGCAUAUCGUUCCCUGCGAACUCAGGAACUUGCCAUCAUCACUCUUCUUCUCCAACCUGCACUCAUACCAAUCGACCACGGUCAUUUUCAAUACAACAGCGUCAUGCUUGGGCUCUCCCUAUACGCUAUAUUAUGCUUUCGAGAAGGAAAAGACUUGCUUGGUGCGGUUGCGUUUGUGUGCAGCAUGACAUUUAAACAAAUGGCACUGUACUAUGCACCAGCGGUGUUUGGAUACUUGUUUGGAAAAUGCCUCUGGCUCGGCUGGCAACAGGGACGCGCUCUAUUCAUUGGUCUGGCAGUGGUCUCAACCGUAACACUUCUCUCAACGCUCCUUCCCUUCGUCCCCCCCCUCUCGCCCUUCCCUGAUACACUCCUGCAAGUCGUCCACCGGAUAUUCCCCGUAGCACGCGGGCUGUUUGAAGAUAAAGUCGCCAAUUUCUGGUGCGCAUCAGACCCGAUCAUUCACUGGCGCCGGCGGAUGUCGAACGACAUGCUGGUCCGAUUCUCCGGGCUCGUCACGAUUGCCAGCGCGGCACUUCCCAUGCUACAUCUUCUUCGCGUGAGUUGGACAGCGGGGGGCCGGCAGACACGGAACGUUCCCAGCCCAGCGCUGCAUCUGCUCCCAUGGGCGAUGUACAAUAGCGCUAUGGCCUUUUUCCUCUUCUCCUUCCAAGUGCACGAGAAGAGCAUCCUCCUCCCUCUCCUCCCUCUCACGCUUCUGCUCGGCGACAGAGGGAGUGAAGCUGAAGACGGGGACGAGACGUGGGAAUGGGGCGUGCUGGUGAACAACGUGGGAGUUCUGACGAUGUGGCCUUUGCUGUCGAGAGACGGGCAGGGGAUGAACUAUUUCCUUCUCCUGCUCCUGUGGAACUAUGUGAUAGGGUACAACCCCCUCCGGAUCUCGUCAGGCUGGUUCCUCCGCCUGCUCAGUAUCUUCCCCCAGUCCUCGUAUUUGCUCCUCGCCCUCCUUCACAUCAUCGAAAUAUUUUCUCCUCCCGCGCGAUAUCCAGAUCUGUGGGUCGUAGCCCGCGUAGCCGUCGGAUGCGGAGUGUUCGGGCUGUCGUGGCUCUGGGCACUGAGGAAACAGGUAGAAGUUGGCUGGGGGCUGGGAGGGUUCCAGAAGUCUGACAAGCCGAAGGGGACCGUUGGGAAGGAGAAGUAG